GCGGGCGCCGGACCCCCAGGCGGAGCGACAGGUCUCGGACCCUCAGGCGGAGUGGCGGGCGCCGGACCCCCAGGCGGAACGACAGGUCUCAGGCCCCCAGGCGGGGCGGCGGGCACCGAGUCACCAGGCAGGCACAACCGUGGGCUCCGAGUCAACUGGGAUGACCGCUGGCACUGGCGGGGCAUCGGGUCACCAGGCAUCAGGUCAUUUGGCUCGACAGCGGGCACCGCGUCAUCUGGCAAGGCAGUGGGCUCCGAGUCAACUGGUAUGACCGCGGGCACUGGAGCGGGCACUGGGUCACCAGGCAUCAGGUCAUUUGGCUCGACAGCGGGCACCGCGUCAUCUGGCAAGGCAGUGGGCUCCGAGUCAACAGGCACGACAGUGAGCACCGGGUCAUCAGGUACCGGAUUGUCUGGCUCGACAGCGGGCAUCGGGUCACCAGGCAUCAGGUCAUUUGGCUCGACAGCGGGCACCGGAUCAGGUACCGGAUCAUCUGGAUCAACAGCGGGCAUCGAGUCAACUGGCCUAAUAGGAUCGUCAGGCUGGAUCAGUUCAUCAUGCUGGGUAGAGGCAUCAGGCUGAAUGCCGGCGUCCGGCUGAGUAGAGGCAUCAGGCCGAGUAGAGGCUUCAGGCCGAGUAGAGGCAUCACGAGUAGAGGCAUCAGGCCGAAGGCAUCAGGCCGAGUAGAGGCAUCAGGCUGCAGUACAGGCAU